UGCCUGUAAGGGAGAGGAACAACAACACCUCGGGAGCUACAACUAAAAUAGAUCCAAUGCAGCUUGGAGCAAGGUGGAUUAGCACAGCUUCCUUUGUCUCACCUGACACUUGUUCCCCGCUGUGUGGAAUUUCUUGGAACUAUGAGUAAACCGGAGACAUUGGCCACCUGCAUUGCCAAGAUGUACGAGGGGGGUAAAUUGGACAAUGCUGGGGCCCCUUCUGGAGCAAUGAAAAAGCCAACUAACAGCCUGCUGAACAGCCUGGGAGGCAUGGAGGUCAAGCUGAAUCAGCUGGAGGUGAAGGUGGAGCAGAUAGCCUGCAGCCAGACAGAGGUCCUCAGGAGGCUGGACAUGGUGUGCCAGGGCAUGAGGACGCUGGAGAAGGACCUGGCCCAGCUCAGAAAGGACAGGGACUCUCGUGGAGGUGGAGGGGACCCUUCCUUGUUCUCUGAGGUCAAGGUACUGUGUGGCGAGACCGUGGCACUGCUGAAGAACCUGCAGCAGCAGGGUAAAUGGCAACGGGAAAAGAUUGAGGGAAUAGAGAGCUCGGUUUCGGCCAUGGACAAGCUCUGGGGAUAUGUGGGGGAAGUCUUCCGAAGCUCCAAGAUAGUGGAGUUCAUCUUGAAAGGCAUCGUACCCUGGAGGAAACAGGGCCUACUGUACAUCCAAGAGGAGGAGGAGAAAACUAAAUCAGAAGAUAGCAGCAUAAAGCCUAAAGUCACUCUUUGCGACCAGGGGAAUCAGGUCCAGGAGGAGGGCUUACAAAUCGCCACAAGUGACCAGCCGGUAGUAGAGCUCCCUGUUAAGGAAGCGAAGGCCACAGACCAUGGAGUGGAAGUCCCAAAUUCUCCUGAGCAUGAUCCCUGCGGGUUAUCAGAAGCUCUCACAGAGGGCCCUGAAGUCGACGAGGCCUUAUUCCCAUCUACCAAUAGUGAUUGGGGUAGUAAAGGCUCUCGCAAGCCCAAAGAGGUCACCUUAAAGAGCAGAGAGCCCACCAGAGUCCAGACCUUCGCCUCUGAUGUGGUCGUAGCUCAGGUGGAGGUCACCAUCGAAGUGCUUUCUGAGCUGAGGAGGACUCCUGAUGUGACCUUGAUUUCGGUGGGCAGUGAGUUAGACAGUCAGUACAUCAACGUCAAAGAGACAGAGGUUCCACAAGAUCCAGAACCCACUGCAUCUCAGCCACCUACCUCCACCACUGAGGAGCAACCGCUGGAGCAACCGCCGGAGAAACCGCCGGGGCAACCCCCGGAGAAAGCCGCUGAAAGUCUCCCUCUUCCUUCCAAGGAGGACACUCUCCUAGGAGAGGACUUUACAAAGGCUGCGGUCAGUCCUCAGGAGCCAGUUAUCAUUGUAACACCACCAACACCGUACAGCAGUGCGCUAACAAGCCCACUGGAUGUGGUCACCAAACCGGAGCCAGAGCCAGUAACGAUGGUCCCUCAGGUCCAGCCUGAGACUGUGGCGGCCACAGAGCAGCACAAACCUGUUCCACCUCAACCAGAGUCUGAGACAAUGAAAGACUCUGCAGAACCAGUUAUCCCUCAGCCAACUCCCUCUUUAGUUGUUAAAAACCCUACAGCAGCUGUACAGGGGGCAGCCCUGAAUGCACAACAAUUGGUCAUAGAUGACUGCCCACCCUUGCCCGCUCCCUUUGAGCACCGUAUUGUGAGUGCCAAGCAAGUCCCGAUGGGCUCUUAUUACGCUGUAAAGCCUAACGAGGUUCUCGGAGGGGGACGUUUUGGGCAGGUCUAUAAGUGUGCAGAAUUGUCGUCGGGCCUAAUCCUCGCGGCGAAGUUGAUCAAAGUAAAGGGAAUGAGGGAGAGAGAGGAAGUGAAGAAUGAAAUAGGAGUGAUGAACCAACUUAACCAUGUGAAUCUGAUUCAGCUUUAUGAUGCCUUUGAGUCACGGACAAACCUUACGCUUAUUAUGGAGUAUGUGGACGGUGGUGAGUUGUUUGACCGGAUCGUUGACGAGAACUACCAGCUGACAGAGCUGGAUGCCAUUGUGUUUAUGAAACAGAUCUGUGAGGGGGUACAGUACCUCCAUCAGCAAUAUAUUCUCCAUUUAGACCUCAAGCCAGAGAACAUUCUUUGUGUCAACUCCACAGGGAACCAGAUCAAGAUAAUAGACUUUGGUCUGGCCAGAAAGUACAGACCCAGAGAGAAACUAAAGGUCAAUUUUGGCACCCCAGAAUUUCUGGCUCCUGAGGUGGUCAACUACGACUUUGUCUCAUUCCCAACGGACAUGUGGAGUGUGGGAGUCAUUACUUAUAUGCUUCUGAGUGGACUGUCUCCAUUCCUGGGGGACAACGAUGCAGAGACUAUGAACAAUAUCCUUCACGCCAACUGGGAUUUUGAUUCAGAGGCAUUCGAGAAUGUCACAGAGGAGGCUAAGGACUUUGUUACCAGACUGCUGAUUCCAACUAAAUGCAGUCGACUCAGUGCAACUGGCUGCAUAAAGCAUGCCUGGCUGAACAAUCUGGAGGAUAAAGCCAAAUUGCACCAGGUGCGGCUCAAGUCCCAAGUCAAGCUCCAGCGCUACCUGGCCGCUCAUAAACAGUGGAAGAAACACUUCUAUGUGGUUGCUGCAGCCAACAGGCUGAAGAGGUUUCGCCAGAAUCAUCCCAUAAACACUGUACAGCAGUGAGAAGACUGCUGUCAAAGACAGUUGUGCCUCAUGUGUAUUGCUGUCGUGCUGCACCUCCAUGGCAGGCAUUCCUGCCAUUUAUGCUAGUUGGACUGAGGCAACAGAACGUGAUCUGCAAUAGUGUCUGGCAUUGGUAUGCAAAUUGCAAGGAUGGACAUUUAUUGAAAUGUACUGUAGUAUUCUAAUCACUUUUUAUACGGUAGUGCACAACUUCGUGCAGUCUUCCUGUGGGUGAUGUUAGUGAUUACUCAAUUAUCCGGGGCUAACAGUGCACUUCAAGCAGGUUGCCUGCUACUUACUUAGGUGUAAUUGUUUAUUUACUGACAUUUGUUUGAACUGCUUUACUGAAUGUACAUCACAAUGACACAUUAUUCACAAGGCUUUCUUUUUUUGGGGUUAAUUGAAUAUGGUAAGUGACUCUUCACAAUCACACAGA